CGUCCGAUGCUAUGAAGGCGCAGCGAUUCCUCGUGGCUAGUCCAUACGGGAAUCCGAAGCGGUAGCAUUAGGCUCCAUGUGAAGAAAAAAGUCUCUGGUACUGCGCGUGCACGAAUCACUACGAAGAGAGUACUCGGCAUGGCGUACCGCCAGGCAAGCAGCGCCCUUCUGAAGCGAUUCAAUGAACCGUCGGUGAGGUUCAUCCACUUAUCUGCGGCCAGCUCGAAGCAGGUUCCGCUGUCCAACCUCGAGAAAGACAAAUACCUACCCUACGAUAAGCUCUCCGCCAACAUCGAUGUCGUCAAAAAGAGAUUGAACCGACCUCUGACCCUAUCCGAGAAAGUUCUCUACUCUCAUCUCGACCAGCCCGCGUCCGAGGAGGUCGUUCGCGGCGAGAGUUACUUGAAACUCCGACCCGACCGCGUGGCUAUGCAAGAUGCCACCGCUCAGAUGGCCAUGCUGCAAUUCAUCUCCUCGGGUCUGCCCAAAGUCGCGGUUCCUUCAACAAUCCAUUGCGAUCAUCUGAUCGAAGCCCAGCACGGAGGCAGCCAGGAUCUCGCCCGCGCGAAAGACAUCAAUAAGGAAGUGUACAAUUUCCUCGCCACCGCAGGCGCGAAAUACGGCGUUGGAUUCUGGAAACCAGGAUCGGGGAUCAUACACCAGAUCAUCCUCGAGAACUACGCGUUCCCCGGUCUGCUCAUGAUCGGUACCGAUUCCCACACCCCGAACGGUGGCGGUCUCGGUGGUCUCUGCAUCGGAGUCGGUGGUGCCGAUGCGGUCGACGUCAUGGCCGGCAUUCCAUGGGAAUUAAAAUGUCCGAAAGUCAUCGGUGUUCAUCUGACUGGUAAAAUGUCUGGUUGGACAUCUGCCAAGGACGUCAUCACCAAACUCGCUGGUAUCCUAACCGUGAAGGGUGGCACUGGCGCUAUCGUUGAAUAUUUCGGACCCGGUGUGCAGAGUAUUUCAUGCACAGGCAUGGGAACAAUUUGUAACAUGGGCGCUGAAAUCGGUGCCACAACUUCGGUGUUCCCCUUCAACUCCCGUAUGGCUGACUACUUGGCUGCCACGAACCGUACCGCGAUCGCGGAUGCGGCUUCUGAGGUCAAAGACAAGCUCUUGACGGCCGACUCCGGCUGCAAGUACGAUCAGGUGAUCGAGAUCAACCUCGACACUCUCGAGCCACAUGUCAACGGACCUUUCACUCCCGACUACGCUCACCCGAUCAGCCAACUGGGCAAAGUCGCCAAGGAGAAGGGAUGGCCGCUCGACGUCAAGGUCGGCCUCAUUGGAUCCUGCACCAACUCGUCCUACGAAGACAUGUCCCGGUCUGCCAUGCUCGCGCAGCAGGCUCUCGACCACGGUCUGAAAUCGAAGUCUCUCUUCACCGUGACCCCGGGAUCCGAGCAGAUCCGCGCCACGAUCGAACGCGACGGACAGGCUAAGACGCUAAAGCAGUUCGGAGGAAUGGUGCUCGCCAACGCUUGCGGUCCUUGCAUCGGUCAGUGGGACCGUCAGGAUGCCAAGAAGGGCGACCAGAACACAAUCGUAACGUCGUACAACAGGAAUUUCACCGGUCGAAACGAUGCAAACCCCCAGACCCACGCGUUCGUCACAUCGCCGGAAUUGGUCACCGCUCUGGCUAUCGCUGGACGUCUUGAUUUCAAUCCAUUGCAAGACGAACUGACCGCGGCUGACGGCACGAAAUUCAAGCUCCAGCCCCCGGAAGGAGACGAGCUCCCUCGUGCUGGUUUCGACCCUGGAGAGGAUACUUACCAAGGUCCCCCCAACGACGGCACCGGAGUCAAGGUCGAUGUGGACCCGAAGUCGCAGCGUCUCCAGCUGCUUACCCCGUUCGCGAAAUGGGACGGCGGGGAUCUUCAAGACCUGGUCAUCCUAUUGAAAGCCAAGGGCAAAUGCACCACUGAUCAUAUCUCCGCCGCUGGGCCCUGGUUGAAAUACCGAGGACAUCUGGACAACAUCUCGAACAACAUGUUCAUUGGAGCUAUUCCCGAAGAGAGUGGAGAAGCCAACAAAGUUCAGAACCGUCUCACUGGGGAAAAGGGAGGCGUUCCCGAUGUCGCUCGACAAUACAAGGCCAAAGGACAGGGCUGGGUCGUCAUUGGUGACGAAAACUACGGCGAGGGAUCCUCCCGGGAACACGCCGCUCUCGAACCACGUCAUCUCGGUGGUCGCGCUAUCAUCGUCAAGAGUUUCGCUCGUAUCCACGAGACUAACCUGAAAAAACAGGGAUUGCUCCCACUCACCUUCCAGAAUCCUAGUGAUUACGAUAAGAUCAAGUCCGAUGACAAAAUCUCCAUAGUCGGACUCAAAGACUUCCAGCCAGGCAAGCCUCUCGAGUGCCACAUUAAGCACAAGGAUGGAAAGGUGGACAAAAUCCACCUGAAUCACUCUUUCAACGAAGGUCAGAUCGCCUGGUUCAAGGCCGGAUCUGCUCUGAACCGAAUGAAGGAACUGAACGCCUAAGCGAUUUGGGAUCUUCGAAUCGAGGAAAGCGACAGAGACGAUCUUGAUGAGUUUCUUGUUUCAUUUUUUCUCCGACGGUGAUAUCCUGACAGCCAAAGCCUCCACUACUUUUGUUUCUGAUAGUCAUGUGUAACAUAAGGAACGACGGAAAACAACUUCUGGCCCCUUUCUACGCCUCCGAAAGACUCUUUUCUGGCGAGUGGAAGCUUGAGCACGUGAAAAUACCGGGAAAACGCGAGUUUGGCUGUCGAAAAUCUUGAACACCUUGCCGGGCUUCGUAGUGUUAAUUUUUAUUGAAAGCAAUAAACGGUUGCUCCAAUUGAGAAGGA